AUGACAGCUAGGUGCACUUACAUGUCAGAGACUGUGAUGGUCUUCCUUGAUGGUACGACAAGGUUCGCCGAUUUUUUCAAUGAAAUUUGCAUGCGGUUUAAGGGUUUGAAGCCAGGCUUGUUUGAGUUGAAGUAUUCCCUUCCGGAUUACCCUUCUUGUGCUCUCGAUUCUGAUUUAGAUAUGAGGUUGAUGUUUAGGUCUUUAGCUGAGUUUAAGAGAACUUCAGUUGACAUUUUGGUGAGGAUUUGUGAUUUUGGUGCAAAUUGUGUUGCUGAUGGAGUUCAAUGUUCUGCCGCUGCUGCUGCUUCUUCUUGUGUGUCAGUGGUAUCGACGGUGAUUGAUGAGCCUGAUUAUUUGGGUGAUUUUAGGCCUGAAGAUCCCAAAGUUUACAUGUCUAAGCAGUGGAGGGAGUAUAUUAAGUGUGGGGACCAAAAAUUUAGAGGUGGAGCUGUGGAGUUUCGGCAAAAGUUGUGUAUGUAUGCAAUUGAGGUUGGGUUUGUCUUUGUCUAUGUGAGAAAUGACAAAUGGAGGGUAAUUGCUGAAUGUUUCAACAAGCUAUCUGAGGGAUGCAAAUGGUACAUCAAUGCGUCACUAUGCCCUGCUAAUAAUUUCUUCUAUAUUAGGCAGCUUAAUAAUGUGCAUACUUGUUCUGGUGUUCUGAGGCAGCAGAAGCAUAAGCUUUUGAGUUCUACUAUUGUGAAGACACUCAUUAAUGAUGAAUUUCGUGGAAAUCCCUCUCUCAAGGCACAUGAUAUUAUGGAUAGGUUAAAGAACAACUAUGGUCUUGAUAUUACAUACCGUGUUGCAUGGAAAGGUAAAGAAAAAGCAAUGAAAGAGUUGCACGGUUCAGAUGAGGACUCCUAUUCAAUGUUAACUUGGUAUCGUGAUGCCGUGAUGGAGAUUAUUGAGGGUUUCAAGUCUUGCAUACCUCUAUUGUUCGUGGAUGGUGCACAUCUGAAGAGCAAGUAUAAGGGUCAGCUUCUUUCUGCUACAGGAAAGGAUGGUAAUCAAGGUUUUUUCCCUUUUGCCAUUGCCGUUGUUGAUGCCGAAACUGAUGCCAAUUGGAAUUGGUAUUUUGGGAUCUUGAAGACAAUUCUAGACCCGCAAGGCAGAGUCAUUACUUUUGUUUCUGAUCGACAACAAGGGUUGAUGAAUUCCUUGGCUAGAGUUUUUCCGGAGUCUCCUCAUUCCUUUUGCCUGUAUCACUUGAAGAAUAAUCUCCAAAACUUGUUUAAGGGUAAUAACAACAGUGCACUCCGUGUCACCAUUGUCGAUAAGUUUUACAAGGUUGCAUACUCAUCUACUGAGCGUCAAUAUCACUAUAACCUGAGGGAGCUUCUUGAUGAGGGGAAGGAUCUUGUUGCGCAAUUCCUUAGAGGUCUACCUAUUGAAAAAUGGUGUAAUGCCUUCUUUCGAGGUAAUAGAUUUGGUGAGAUGGUCAAUAGUACAGCGGAAUCUUUUAAUAGUUGGACUCUCAAGGCUCGGGAACUCCCAAUUUUUCCUAUGUUAGAGAAGAUCCGCGUGAUGAUGAUGGCAAAGAUGGUUGAGAGGAAGCUAUUGGUAAGCAAGUGGAGUCUUCCUCUUUGUCCUGUAAUGCAAGCUGAACUUGUUAAAAAUAUGGAAAUAGGGAGAGAUUGGACAGUUAUUAGGUCGGAUGAGUUUGUUUAUGAGGUUCACUCCGAACGCUCAACAUCUGUUGACAUAAUGGUCCAGACUUGUGCAUGUCGUCAGUGGCAGAUUAAAUCAUUUCCUUGCUCUCACGCUCUUGCUGCCAUCCAGCGAGCGGGAUAUGUGGUUUACCCGUUUAUCGAACGAUAUUACUUUAAAGAGGAGUAUUUCAAGAGCUAUUCCUUUGGUAUUAAGCCCAUUCCCAAUAUUGAGCAGAGCUAUGUCCAAUGCUCUGAUAGCACAUCUGUCAAACCUCCACUGACCAGAAGACCUCCAGGAAGGCCCAAGACUAAACGUAUCAAGUCUGUUGGCGAGGUGUCUUCAAAGGAGAGGACGUGUGGCCGUUGUGGCCAAUUGGGGAGGCAUAAUAGGAAGACAUGCAAUGUUCCAAUAUGA